AUUAGAAUCUCUAGAGUACCAAACAACUAUGAAGUCUCUGAUACUGUUGGGAUUGCUCGCCUGUGUGGCUGUUACUCUCGCUGAAGAUGAUGAAACCAUGGCAGUGAAAUACCUCAAUCAGUUCCACUACAUCUCACCAUCUCGUUCCGGCAACCACGAUGUUAAAACAGCCGUUCGAAAUUUCCAGAGGUUCGCUGGUCUUCCAGAAACUGGUGAAAUCGAUGAGGCCACCGUUCGUCAGAUGAAGAAACCUCGAUGUGGAAUGCCUGAUGUGGACGAGAGUGGGAGUCGUAUCAGAAGAUACAAGUUGGGCUCCAAAUGGGGCAAGAAACAUCUGACAUACUUCGUCGAGUACGGACGUGACUUAUCGUCUGGUGAACAGGACAGAAUCUUUGCAARAGCUCUGAAAUACUGGGCUGAUGUUUCUGGACUAAGCUUCUCAAGGGCCUCAAGCGCAUCCUCGGCUGACCUCAAAAUCAGCUUUGGACCCAAAACCCACGGUGGAAGUUCUGAGAGAACAUGUGCCUACCCCUUCGAUGGACCUGGCAAAGUUUUGGCCCACGCCUUCUUCCCCAGUGAUGGACGCGCUCACUUCGAYGAGGACGAAAGAUACACCGACGRAACRUCAAGCGGAACCAAUCUCUUGUGGGUGGCGACUCACGAGUUYGGCCACGCCCUUGGCUUAGAACACAGUGACGUUAGGAAUGCUGUUAUGUACCCUUACUAUACUGGAUACGUACCAAACUUUAGACUCCAACAAGAUGACAUCAAUGGAAUCCAAGCUCACUACGGAGGACCAGGAUCAGGGUCGGGUGGAAAUGGAGGCGGUUUCUGUGUGGAUAAAAAUAAAGACUGUCAUUUGUGGAAAUACCUUUGUGGCCAACAUAAAUAUGUUAUAGCGAACUGCAAGAAAACUUGCGGAACUUGCUGAGAUGUUAAACAUGGCAUAUGAACCAGCUGGAUGAUAGGAUCAAGGACUGUUGGUUAUCAAGUCAAAUACAUAAAAACAAUGCUAAUUGAUCGCUAUCGUUAUUAAUGUUCCUUGAAUAAAUCUGAGUGAAUCUUA